AUGGAUCUUUCAAAUAAUAAAAAAAGUAUUAAAACAGUAAAUAAUAAUUCAAAAGAUAAUAAUGAAUUAGUUGAAAAAAAUUAUAAAAGAAAUUAUACAAAAAACAAGAAAAACGAAGAAAUUAAAAUUGGCUCUAAUUUAUCUGUUAAUAAUGAUGUUUUACAAUUACCAAGUGUAUUACACAAUCAAAUAAGAAUAGUUAGAACGAAUGAUAGCUGUUUUAAAGAUUAUAUAGUUUUAAAUAAUUUAGGGAAAGGAACUUAUGCACAAGUAUGGAAAGUGAGGCAUAAAAUUACAAAUGAAAUUUUUGCAGCUAAAUUGUUACAACCAAAUCAAUUUCCAAAAGAAUCCUUUAAUAGAAUCGUUGAAAUGUUUACAAAAGAAAUAAUUAAUUUAGCUAUAUGCCAAUGCCCAGGUGUGAUAAAGUUACAUAAAGUUAUAGGAGGGAAGGAGGGAUGGAUACUUAUACAAGAUUACGCAAAUGACGGUACAUUGUGGAAAGAAAAUUUAUCAAGCAAUAUGAGUGAAGCAUUCCUAUAUUUUAUACAAUUACUGCAAGGAAUGUGGUAUAUUCAAGAUAUGAAUAUUGUUCAUAGAGAUUUAAAACCUACCAAUAUUUUAAGAUAUGAUAACAAGAGAAUUGUCAUAGCUGAUUUUGGGUGGUCAGAACAUAUUGAUUCUUGUAAUUUACAUCCAUCUGAAUGGCCUGGAACUUUAGAAAUAAAUCCACCUGAAGUAUUAAGAAAUACGGGACCUAUGACAGAAAAAAUCGAUAACUAUGCUCUUGGUAUGAAUAUGAUUUUAUUUAUAUCUGGUAGAUUUGUGUGUAGGCAAAAAGGUAUAGAAUGUUCUAAAGUUGCACAAACUAUUCUAAAAACUGUUCAUAAUUUAAGACAUUCUAAACCACCUAGCAGAUUUAGAGAGAAUUUGAAAGCGUGGGAUUUAUUUGUCAAAUUAACCUCAUCGAAUCCAAACGAACGACUAAGUUUACAAAAUGUCUUAGACCAUCCAUGGGUUACUGAAAUGUUAAAUAAUUUUAGCUUAAGGAAUUCAAAAUUUUUAUGGCAUGAAAAAGUUAAAAGUAGGUGGAUAUAUUUACUAUCAAAUAAUUGGAAUUUUUUCAAAAAUAUUUCUUCUAUAUCUAAUAGUAAAAUAAAUAAAUAUAAUGAACCAGAAAAUGUAGAUACUUCUACAUCGAAGAAUAGCAAUAAAGCAACUGUUAUCAUAAAUGGCGACUCUCAAAAAGAAAAAAAUAAAUAUUCUCAUUCUUGUAUUAAAAAUGACUAUGAAAUUCUUUUUUAUAUGAUGAAAAAUAAUUUUAAAAGCAGAUUUAAUUGCUGUUCCGUUAAGAAAAAUUAUCAGAACUGUAAAAAUAAUGGAAAUAAAACUAAGAACAAUAAAGAAAAUCAAAAUAAUAUCAAAUUUGAUGUUAAGAAAAAGAAUAAUUCCAAUAGCAAUUUAGAUGGUACUAGUUUCAUUGAAGAUGGAAAAAAUGAAACUUUUGUGAAUAGUAAUUUCACAAAUAAAAAAGAGAAUUUUUUAAAAAAAAAUGAAGAAAUUAUAAAAAGUAAAAGUGAUAGUAUUACAAAUGAAAAUGAUAAUAUUAUAUAUCAAAAUGAAAAUUUUAUACAAAAUAAUAAAAAUGAUUUUUUUUUAUAUAAUAAAAAGGAAAAACAUAAAAAUAGCAGUAUAUGUGAAAUAAAUACACAAAAUAAUAAUUAUAAUGAUGUCGAUAAAGAAGAAGAAGAGGAAGAAGAAGAAGAAGAAGAAGAGGAAGAAGAUGAAGAAGAGGAGGAAGAAGAUGAAGAAGAGGAGGAAGAAGAUGAAGAAGAGGAGGAAGAAGAUGAAGAAGAUGAUGAUGACAAUGAAGCUAAUAAUGAUGAAGAGAAUGAUAAUGAUGAUGCAUUAGAUAAUAAUAAUAAUAAAGUUGUGUAUAUAAAAAACAACAAAAAAGGUAAUAAGAAAAAUAAUAUAAUUCAAAAUAUUCAAGAUAAAUGCUACAGUAACAGUGAAAUAGAUGAUUUUAUGAACUAUGAUAAUAAAAAAAAUUAUUAUUUUAAUGAUAUAGAAGAUAUAAAAAAUUUAUUAAAUAAUAUAAGCAGUAAGAAUAAUAAAAAGGGAACUAAUAAUAGUAGUGAUCAUUGUAUUAUUCCGAAAAGUGAUUUAAUUAUUUCUAUUGAUAAAAAUAAAGAAGAGAAUAACUUCAAUGAAAAAGAAUCUAAAUUAUUUAAUAAAGAAAAACAAAAAAAAAAAGAGGAAGUAUCAUCAAAUCACAUGAAAAGAAAUUAUUCUAGUAAAAUAGAUGAUACAUUUAUUAAUUUUGUUGAAACGAAAAAUUUGAAUAUAUCUAAAGAUCUAAUGAAAAAUGAUUUGUUAGAAAAAAUUAAUAAAAUAAGCGAAGAACGAUUAUUUGAUCACAAAUUAUUAAUAAAUGAGAAAUCAAAAGUAGAUUUAGAAGAUACAAAAAAAGAGAACAAAUUAAAGCAAAGAGAUGAUUCAUCGAAAAAAGAAAAUGAAGAUGAGGAUUAUAUCAAAAUAUAUACUAAGAAUUUUAAUGUUAACACAACAAUAAAGAAUAGGAAAUCUAUCAAAAAAAAGGAUUCUUUCUCGGAAGAAAUUAAUUCUUUGCUUAAAAACUCAAAAGAAUUAAAGAAAAAACUAAAAAAAAAUUUAAAUAACCUAUAUGAAAUCAGCUUGGACGAAAAAAAUAGCAAUAAUAUAUAUUUUUACAAUGAUGAUAAUAAUAGCCAGUUUAAUUACAUACGUGAAAAUAAGAGCACUGGUAAUGGAAAAAGAAAUAGUAACAAACUUCGUAUAAGUAUUAACGAUAUGAAUAAUGAAAGAGACUUUAAAAAUGACUUAGAAAAUUUAGAUAUUAGCUUAAAGGAAAAAAUGGAAAUAUUCAAUAGAAAGAAAAUACAUAUAAAUGCUGAUAAUUUAUUUUCUUGUCAAAAGGAAGAUCCAGAAGGUAAUGAAGUAAAAAAAAACAAUAAUGAAAAUUUAGAGACUAAUUUCAAUAAUGAAAAUAUUGUAUUAAAAAAAAAAAAUAAGAAUAAUUCCAUAUUUUUUGACACAAAAAUGGAUAAAAGUAUUGAUGAUUUAGAAAAAGUAGAUACUGCAGAUGAUUCAAUUAGUACACAUAAAAAUGAAGGAAUAUGCAAUUCUGUUAAGCAAAAAAAUUGCUUCAAUAAAUCCCAAAAUAUUUAUAAAAGUCUUAUUGAUAAUAGCUUUAAAAAAAAUAAUAAUAAAAAUUAUACAAAUUAUAUGGAGAACUUAAAUAAUAAUGAAAAAUUAAAUAAUGUAGAAACAUUGCCAAAGAUAACUACCAAAAAUUAUUUAAUUAAUAACAAAAUAGAUAUAAAAUUAAAAAUGAAUGAUAAAUCAUUAAUUAAUAAUAAUGAAAAUAUAUACAAUUAUGAAAAAUAUGCAAAUAAUACAGAAGUAAAUAAUAGAAAUGACAAAUGUUCUGGCAUUGAUAUGAAUAGCAAUGAAGAUAAUAGCAUUGAUAAAAAUAUAAUUAAUGAUAUGGAUAAAAAUAAAGAAAAAAAUAAUAAUAUUAAAUAUACAAAUAACAAUAGUAAUAGUAAUUUCUUAUUUAUAACAAAAAAAAAAUCGCAAAAUGAAAAUUAUAUAAAGGAUGAUACAGAGAUUGUUAUUAAUGAUCAUAAUGAUAAAAAAAAUUUAAUUUCAAUACCAAUUAAAAAAAGUGGUAUUUCAAAGAAUACUAUUGAUUUAUCGAACAAAAGUAACAAAAAUUGUACUUCGGAUAACAAAAUCUCAUCAAAUUACUUAAAUAGUAGUAAUGCUUGUUCAGAUGCUAAUGAUAUUAUUAUUAAUAAUUUUGUCAAUAAUACAAAAAAUAAAAAUUCAGUUAACUGUUUUAAUAAUGUCGAAAAUGACAGUAGCACCUUCUAUAAUAAAAAACAAAAUUUUUUUUUGAAUAAAAAAAGUUAUUUAAAAAGUGAUCCAUCUAUAAAAAAUUCAUUUAAAUCAUGUGAAACAAGAGACUUUAGGGAGGUUAAGAUAGAUUAUUUUCCUUAUGAUAUUAAUAUAAGUAAUGAUGAUAAUAAUGAUAAAGUAAAUUUUAUGAAUUUAUUAAAAACCUUUGAUAACAAUAAUAUUAAAACAGAAAAAGAAAAGCAUUUAAUAAAAUUUGCUAAUCCUUUUAUAAUUAAUUCUAAGGAAACUAAAAUAGAGAAAAAUGAAAAUAAAUUAUUGGAAGAUCUUACUACAAACGAGAAAUUAUUACAAAAUAAAAAAUUAUAUAAAUCAAUUAAUAAAGAAAAAGAUGAAAAAAAUUUAAUACAUCAUAAAAUAAUUAAUAAUAUAAAUAAUCAUAAUAUCUUAUUACAUUAUAAAGAUGAGUCAAAAAUAUUUGAUGAAAUAAAAAAUAAUGAAAUUAUUACUCAUACAUAUAUAGACAACAAUAAUAAUAAUAAUAAUAAUUAUAACAAAUCUCCUAUAUACCAUUACAUGAAUAAUCAUAUAAAUAAUAUAAAUAGUUAUACAAAAUCUUCUAUCUGUUUUGAUGAAAGUAUUAAAGAAAACUUUGCAAAAACAUCAAGUUCUUCAACAUUUGAUUACAGUGAUUUUGAUUUACACUAUUCUUCAAAUAAAGAUAUUGUUGAAUCAUUUAAUACUGAAUAUAAAUUAACACCUAGAGAAAAGUACAUUUUACAAAAGAAAAAAAAUCAGGAAAAUACAAUUUUCAGUCAAAAUAAUACAAAAUGUCAAAUAAAUUAA